GUUGCAGGUCCCUCUGGGCCACUCUGGUUGGCUUCUUUCUUCCUCAGCCUCUCCACUCAGGCUGCUGACUUUCCAUAUUUGGCUAUUUCAGAUUUGCUUUCAUGAGAACUUGGUUUAUCUCGCCGCUGCAGGCUCAGGGCUGGUUGGGGUCCGGUUGUGGGCUAAGGUCUGUCUGUGAAAUGAGGAGAGAUUCCCUUCUCCCCAAUCCAGCUUGUUGCAGUAAAGGUGGGGCAUAGGUGCGAAAACUAGAUUAGGGCCGAGGAGGACGGUUUCCUUUUCCAGGAAUAUAUGCAUUUUUAAAGUCGUCGGGAAUACUUACAUGUAAAUAAAUUGGUUAAGGCAUUUCUGAGAAUAGAACUUCCUGGGUGUGUGAGAUAAUUUUAGACGGUAAAAGCCGGGGUUAACCGGACCUCUCCAAUCCAGUUGCCACCGGCUGAUCUGCUUCAUACAGCCCAAAGCCAGAGAUCUUAACACAAUUGAGGGUCUGGAUGAAAACCUGACACCACGGUAGACUGAUUUGAACAGAAAAGGCAGAAAUUACAGAUGGGAAGGUGGGUGGGAGAUGAAGGUGGAAAUGCCUCAGUUUUGUUUGUGUAGUUAGUUCAGGAAAUGGGUGUCUCCAGACCCUGGACUGUAGUUUCCCUAGGUCUCUUGUAGGGCUAAGCUGUGGAAAGGGGCCAGAACAGAGGAGGGUGACUUUCUCAGGGUCCAUGGCUGAAGCCUGUGGUAUGGGAGAAGGAUGGCCAACGUCAGCAGAGAACCCACUGGAUGUGGGUGGAUGACCUGAGCUUUCCUUUCUGGGGUGUCUCGGAGUACUUGCAAAGUGGGGGAGCCAAAGCCUCUGAGUCAGUCCCAUUAGCCUAGUGGGAGAAACAGCCUUACAUAGCUACAAUCUCCACUUUCCUGAGGGAAACCUUGAAGAAAACAGAGCCAUUGAAUGUGAAGCUGCCCCUUACAGCCCGUUUCCUCCUCGCUCACGUCACAGGCUCUCACUCUGUCCCCCACGACACCCUUGUGAGUCAGGGUAGCUUUCUACAUCCCCCAGAUGUUGAGGGGAAGCCCCAAGUGUCCACAACCCUGAGCUCUGCCUCGGGUCCAGGCGUGGGACUCUGAGGUUUCUGCUUCAGGGCUGUCACCUUCUCAAAGACCCACAACUGCCUACCUCCCCUUUAGUCUGAGGGGUCAGCAAAAGGACCCAGAAUCCCCUAAGUGCCUCCAGCAUCUGUUCCCAGCAAUGUGGGUAAAGUUCUGCUGGAAACUGCCCCUGACAUUGUGUGAACCAGUGCCACUCUCUCCACUCAGCCAACCAAGUGACCGGGGCAAGAUCUGUGUCUGAUUUUGUGGUGGCCUGGAAUCUGGCAUGGGUUAGCCUAAGAAGAUGUUGGCUGAACUGCACUCAGUUUAUUUGGGGUGUGUCUCCCAGUUACCGUGGACGGGGGUUAGUGAGAACUGUUUAGUUCCCGGGAAUCAAAUUAAGAUGCAGGUUAUAAAUAACCUAUCACAUCAGACUAGCUUCUCUUUCCCAGAGAGAAGGGAGAGGUUCCGUUCCACCUGAUUUCAAGCUGGAACUCGGAAGGGAUGAGAAAACCUCACAGCAAGGAAUGGGCAGUAGCCGAGUCUGGGCCUUCUGAGGUGACUCCUGUGUUCUCACCAGUAUAUGUUGACUAGAGGAAGCCAAGCUUCUCUGGACUGAGGAGAGAACUAGUGAGGACUUGGCCCUAAGCCAAAGUUUUAAAGACUUAACAAACUAGAGAAAGAGGACACAGGGACAGAUGCAGUCUCUAAAUGCUGUCUCAGCCUGGGUUGCAGCUCUUACAGCGUUCUUCUGGGCAGGAGCUGGUACUCCAGCAGAGACUGGUCAGAGUGGGAGAGGUGGGAGGAGCAAUAUCUACCAGCAUGAGAGACAGGGAAAGGUGAAUCACUCUAUAGGACAGAAACAAAAGUACCAAGGGCUGGGGCACCUGCUGUUACCACCCUAGGACUGGGCCAGCAUUGGUGUGCUGCUUUGCUGAGAGAAAAGUACUUGAGGAAUUCCUGUGCAUGGUCUCUGGCAAGCCAUGUCUUAUGAGGAAGUGGAAUACUAGCAGACCUCGAAAUAAAAGUGAAAAUACUCAUUGGUCCUGACAGAAACUCUAGUCCCCAGCACAUUUUGCAUAUUAGCAUCUGCAGGCAACUGACUGUGAUUGAUGUUCUAGCAAAAGCAGUGUGCAAGUGCACUGCUGUGCUCUGUGCUCUGUGCACUCAGAGCGGCCGUGCCCUGCGCACUUCCCUCAGAUGUGCAGAUAGGUCCUCCACAUCAGCGACAGCCCAGAGAGCAGCUCUCAUUUCAGCAGUCCCAGUCAGUUUCUCUCCUCAGCAAUCCAAAACACCUCUGGAAUCCCCCCACAGCCUUUCUCCCCUCUAGGCCAAGCUGUGCUCCUCCCAAUCCAGCCAGAAACCUCCACCCAUGAACAACCUACUGUGUGCCUUCUUGCUGAGGUGAUCUCUCUGCUGCUCCCCAUUCCGCUCCCCCUGCUCCUCCCUGCUCCUUGGUCUCAACCUUCUGCACUCUACUAGUGACCUGAGGGGUCCUGUGUUUCCCAGAGUCUCUCUCAUCUCCCAGGUUCACUGGAAGUCUCUGGAAAGAGAUAUCUGCAUUUUGGCUUCUGCCUCACUGGGUUCCCUGCACCUGCUGUGGUGCUCUGGGGCUUAAGGAGGACUCCUGAGGUCUGAUAAUCCUCUGUCGCCAGCAGGCGCCUUGCAGCUGUCCUCCAGCCUGUCCAUCAGCUGCCUCCUUGGACCUUGCCCUGUCCUCACUGGCAUUCCCUAAUGUGGCCUUAUUCCUCCGACCCUCCCCCUGCCUUAGAGGUGCCAUACGGCCAUGUCUGGACACCAGUUUUGUCCCUAGACUUCUCUCCUGGAAUUCUUUCACUCCAAGGCUUAAACUACAUUCUUAAGGAAAGACACUUGGCAUCUGUAGUAUUACCUUGAUUGACUGUGGUGUCUCAAGAGCUCCCAGGACACCCUUGUCACUCAUGUCAGCCCCUUCGGCCUCCCAGUUCUCCCAACUGUUACAAAGUCCGCUGCUGUCUCCCUGUCUUGUCAGCUCCCUAACCAGGCUCAGAGUCUCUUUCCUGGGCAGCCUGAAAUACUCACUCACUCUCCUCAGGUCCAGGUUUGACUGUAUUUAUUUUUCUUUCCACACUGCUGCAGAGGGUCUUCUUAAGAUUUAGCCUGGUUAACACGCACUGCUUUUUCUGUGGCAGAGUGUAAGAAUAUGGGCUGCCUAAUCUGGCCAGCUUGGAUUCAUAUCUGGAUGCUUUCUUUCAUUUUUCGAGACAAAAAUCUCACUACAUAGUUCAUUCAGGCUCCCCUUGAACUCACUAUGUAGCUAGGGCUGGCCCAUAACUUAACAGCCACCUUCCCACCUUGGCUUCCCAAAUGCUGGUAUUGAAGGUAUUUGGUACCCUAGCACAAGAAGCAAUCACAUUUUGACUUUGGGGGUGUGAUCAAAGCAAGUUGUCCAACUCUUGUGAGCAUCUGUUGUUUUCCGGUCGGCUCAAAGAGGUGGCGCUGUCUCCCACCUGGGGCUACUGGACAGAUAAAGUGAGCCAAUAUCCACACUAAGCCCAGGACCCAAGUGCUCAUGGAGACUGUGUUUAACACUAGAGCUUGAGGAAUGGAUGCCUGGCCUAAAGGCAUUCAGGUUUAAACAAAAAGCAGACACAGACUGGAAGAUGAACUUCCAUGUGCCAGGGUAGACCAGAAAUCAUGACACCUUAUGCUGUUGCUUCUCAGUCUAGGCCAGAGACCUCAGUAGCAGGAGAAGGUGGGUUGGGACAGGAACCGUGGGGAUUCGAUAGCAUUGAGUCCCAGGCAACUUCAAAGGCUCCUGGCUUGGGGCCAGGACUCUCGGUCCUUGGAAAGACUCAGACCAGGCUGCAGCUUUCAGAACAUUUGGUAGAAGGCAACACAGGGAGGAGCAGAGGGAAAUAAAGCAGAUUAGAGAAGUAAACCAGAGGCUCCAAGUCACCAGAAGCAGGCAAUAGCAGGAUGGGGCUGAUGCGUCUCCCUCGUUCCUUGUUCAGAUGGGUGGCUUAGAACUGGAGGACAGGGGUUGGUGGCUGGGACAAACUAAGCAAAUACUGCCAAGGGCCUUCUGAGAGGGAAGCUGGCAACUCACCCUGGGUACAGCCUAGGAAAACUUGUAUCUCCCAAGUCAGAAUAAUCAAAGACAACAGAACAGAGCAGGGCUGGGUAGACGGCUUUGCAGGUAAGAGCACUGGCUGCUCUUGUGGGGGAGCUGGAUUCAGUUCUCAACACAAACAUGGCAGCUCACAAUGGUCUGUAACUGGUUCCAAAGGAUCGGAUACCCUUUUCUUCGUGCACAGGGCACACACAUACAUUCAGGCAAAAUACGCACAAUAAAAAUAAAGACGUCUUUAAAGGAAGCAGAACAGAAUGAUGUGACUACAAAAUCAGGUGGGGUUUAAGGGACCUGGGCAGACCUGGGCGUUGAGCCCAAUUUGUAGCCAGGGAAGAAGAUGCACUUUCACCUAGAGGUAAAAGGAGGAAGCCAUGGGGCAGGGGUGUCUGCUCCAUUUUAGAUGUUUGGGAACUUUUUUUUUUUUUUUGGAGUGGUGCAAGGUGGGUCUCUCAAGGAGGUCAUCUGGGUUCAAAGGAGAGGGUAGGUCUCACUUCAUUGUACACCGUCUUCCACACCAGAGUGCUUUCAAGGAAGCUAUUCAGUAUCUGAAAGGACCUGUUGUUAAAUCUGAGCAGUCAAGGGUUAACUGUGUCACAUGCUGCCACAAGGACCGAUAAGGGGAAGACCAGAAUGACCAGUGGCACAUAAGUCACGAGUGGCCUUGACAAGAGAUGUUUGGGUGUGUUAAGAGUCUGUCUAGGGAAGCUGGGGUUAUGUGGAAUGGAGGCUCAUGCAGAUGCAGGCUAGUGGGGAUGAGACACGGGGACUCCAGCGUCAUCUGAGGUAACCAAAGCUGUGGCUGUCCUGUGAGAGCCUGAGACUGAGUGUUGAAGGAUGGAGCUGGCCAGUGUGGAGAGGUUAAUGGUCAAGCAGAAUGGCUCAUUCAGAGGAGCAAGCGGUUGUGCCCUGUGCCUUCAUCCGCCAGAACUCUGGCAACUCCAUUUCCUUGGACUUUGAGCCCGACACAGAGUACCAAUUUGUGGAGCAGCUGGAAGAACGCUACAAAUGUGCCUUCUGCCACUCGGUGCUUCACAACCCCCACCAGACGGGCUGUGGGCACCGCUUCUGCCAGCACUGCAUCCUGUCUCUGAGAGAAUUGAACUCGGUGCCGAUCUGCCCCGUAGACAAGGAGGUGAUCAAGCCUCAGGAGGUGUUUAAAGACAACUGCUGCAAAAGAGAAGUUCUCAACUUACACGUCUACUGCAAAAACGCACCUGGAUGCAAUGCCAGGAUUAUUCUGGGACGGUUCCAGGACCACCUUCAGCACUGCUCCUUCCAAGCUGUGCCCUGCCCCAACCAGAGCUGCCGGGAAGCCAUGCUCCGGAAAGAUGUGAAAGAGCAUCUGAGUGCCUACUGCCGGUUCCGAGAGGAGAAGUGCCUUUACUGCAAGAGGGACAUAGUGGUGACUAACCUGCAGGAUCAUGAGGAAAACUCGUGUCCUGCAUAUCCAGUGUCUUGUCCCAACAAGUGUGUGCAGACUAUUCCGAGAGCUGGGGUGAAGGAACACCUCACUGUGUGCCCUGAGGCUGAGCAAGACUGUCCCUUUAAGCACUAUGGCUGCACGGUCAAGGGCAAGCGUGGGAACUUGCAGGAGCACGAGCGGGCAGCCCUGCAGGACCACAUGCUUCUGGUUUUAGAGAAGAACUUCCAACUAGAACAGCAGAUCUCUGACUUAUAUCAGAGUCUCGAGCAGAAAGAAAGCAAGAUCCAGCAGCUUGCAGGAACUGUGAAGAAGUUCGAGAAAGAGCUUAAGCAGUUCACACAGAUGUUCGGCAGAAAUGGAAGUUUCCUCUCAAAUGUCCAGGCUCUCACCAGUCACACGGACAAGUCGGCUUGGCUGGAAGCGCAGGUGCGGCAGCUGCUACAAAUAGUUAACCAGCAGCAAAGCCGGCUUGAUCUGAGGUCUUUGGUGGAUGCUGUGGACAGUGUGAAACAGAGGAUCACCCAGCUGGAGGCCAGUGACCAGAGAUUAGUUGUUUUAGAGGGGGAGACCAAUAAGCACGACGCACACAUUAAUAUCCACAAAGCACAGCUGAAUAAGAACGAAGAACGGUUUAAGCUGCUGGAGGGCGCCUGCUACAGUGGCAAGCUCAUUUGGAAGGUGACAGAUUACAAGGCGAAGAAGAGGGAGGCUAUGGAGGGGCACACAGUGUCCGUCUUCAGCCAGCCUUUCUAUACCAGCCGCUGUGGCUACCGGCUCUGUGCCAGAGCGUACCUGAACGGGGAUGGGUCGGGGAAGGGAACGCACCUGUCUUUGUACUUUGUGGUGAUGCGGGGUGAGUUCGACUCACUAUUACAGUGGCCAUUCAGGCAGAGGGUGACACUAAUGCUUUUGGAUCAGAGUGGCAAGAAGAACCACAUUGUGGAGACCUUCAAAGCUGACCCCAAUAGCAGCAGCUUCAGAAGACCGGACGGGGAGAUGAACAUUGCCUCUGGCUGUCCCCGCUUUGUUUCUCAUUCUACUCUGGAGAGUUCCAGGAACACCUACAUUAAAGACGACACCCUAUUCUUGAAAGUGGCCGUGGAUUUAACUGACUUGGAGGAUCUGUAAAUGUUAACUGAUAGCUCCACACAGGAGCCGAUGUGACUGUCCUUUAAGCCAUGCCCUUUGGGCGGAGCAUGCUUUUGUUCUUAUCUUCCUGCCUUUAAUGUCCGAUGUGACACCUUGGAUCCUUCCCCGGUUCGAAACGUCAGACUCUUAGCUGUUAUUUAUAUUUUUAUAUCUUCUGAGAAAUUAUAAUAAUUUGUCAAUAGGGCCUGGGGCUCCUCUCUCUCACCGAUGUUUGGGAAGUGUUUACAGGGAGUCCAGUGCUCAGUGUGACUGACUACUCAGGGGCAGAAUUCCUGCUGAAAUGCCUUGGCAUUUUAUCAGCUGACUCACCGCUCCCACACCCGAGCCCGGGCCUGCAGCAGCCAUCUUGUCAGAGGCAGGCAGGCUGUGCCGGUCAAGCAUGGGUGCUGCAGCUCAGUAGGCUGCACUUGGAGUAACUCCUGGGAACCUGCACCACCUGUGUUUUAUAGGAUUCACUAGCAGCAUGUAGGCACAGUUUUCAGACUUCGGUAACAGCUGGUAAAUGGGUGGGUUCUUCGUCCUUCUCCACUGACACACAAGGUGCCCAGGAGCAGAUGUAAGUUCAGAUCUGAUUAGGUUUGACCAAGUGAAGAGUAUCUUCUUAGGUCAAAAUAGUCAACUAUACCAGUUUCACAAACUCAACACGGUGACCUUUGUAAGGAAGUACGUGUGAGGAUGAGCGAAAAUCAUUAUUAUUGAGAAAAUAUGAGAAAAAGACAAAGGGGGUUCCCUUCACUAUGGAUAGAUAGCAGCUGUCCGAACAUUCCUGUUCUUUCAGAGGAACUUUCAAAUUCAUAUGUUGACCAGAAGAUGAGCAUUUGUAGAAACUUGUAGAGUUUCCUGUCAAAGUCCUGAGUACUCUGUGACCAGAAAUGACCAGGUUCUUGUACAUCUGUCUAUUGCAAUAGUUCUCAACCUGUGGGUCACGACCCCUUUGGGGGUCACAUGACCCUUUCUCGGUGGGGUUACCUAAGACUGUCAGAAAACUCAAUAUUUGCAUUACAAUUCAUAACAACAGCAAAAUUACAGUUAUGAAGUAGCAACAAAAAUUAUUUUAGGGUUGGGGGUCCCCACAACAUGAGGGUCACAGCAUUGGGAAGGUCAAGAACCGCUGGUCUUUUGGGUCUGUGUUAAAUGCAAGCCACAAUCUGUCCUUUCAGCUCCGUAAGCCUGAGACUGAUCUGCCAUCCUGCCCUGACUGGAAACGGGAGCUGUGCUCAUGUAGCGUCACAAAGGACAAGUGUCCUGGGACAAGGGCCACGUUAGAGCUCAGGUGAUACCAUGCUCUUGCAGCUAGUACUUAAUCUGUAUAAGAGACAGAACCUGGGGGGCUGGGGAUUUAGCUUAGUGGUAGAGCGCUUACCUAGGAAGCGCAAGGCCCUGGGUUCAGUCCCCAGCUCCGAAAAAAAGAACCAAAAAAAAAAAAAGAGAGAGAGAGACAGAACCUGGCCCGCAGAGACGGCUCAGUGGUUAGAGUGCUUGCUGCUCUUCCAGGGAAUGUGAAUUCAGGGGUAUGGCCUCUGUGGACACCUGCACACACCUUCACACGGAUGCUCACAGAUACACAGAUUCUUAAAAACAAAACAUGGGGCUCAAGAGAUGAUUCAGCAGUUAAAAGACUGUUCUUUCAAGGACACAAUUUCAAUUUCUAGCAUUCAUGGAGGCUCACAACCACCUGUAACUCAAGUUCCAAGGGAUCUGAUGCCCCCUCCUGGCCUCUGUCGGUACUGCGUUCACGUUUGCAGACAUGCAGGCAGGCAAACCACCCAUCCACAUAAAAUAAAAUAUUGUUUUUAAGUAGAAAUUACCUGACUGGCCUCUGGGAGUCCAGCAACCCUCUUAAUCUCUUCUGUGAAAAAGUGAUAUACUAGAGCCACAGGACUUGUCCCAAAGGAAAGAACGUGAGUCAAAUGUAGCAUAGAAAUACAUCACUUUGCUGGUGAGCAGUGAUGGUCUGUGACCUUAGAAUAAUCCAGGAGCCCAGUUUGUAGCCCACAGGCCAGACUGGGGGAUUCUGUGGUUUGUUCACUGCUUCAUGUCUGUAUUAGGGUUCUCUGGAGUAACAGAAUGUUUAUACAGUGUGUGUAUGUGUGUGCACAAGUGUGCAUGUGUACAUGGUGUGUGUGUGUGUGUGUGUGUGUGUGUGUGUGGCUAUUGGCUGUGGAAUGACAACCCUGCAUCAGUGGACUAGCCUGUCGAUGGAGACAUCACUGACUGCAUUGUGUGCAGCAAUGAGGCAUGCCUGGAGGAUGUGGGUCACUGGGCUAUGCCUUUGAAGGGCAUGUCUUGUCCCUGGCCUCUCCCCCCUCCCUCCACUCUCCACUUUCUCAGACCUAAUAUGCCUUUCCAUCACAAUGCUCUGCCUCACCACAGGCUUGAGUCAGUGAGGCCCAGAGAGCAUGAAGCUUCUGAGGCUGUGAGCUGAGUUCUUCAUCCUGAGCACUGUGUCCUCGGGCAGAGAAACCAGCAUCACCUCUAAUUCACUUUCCAUGCAGCUACACUGGUUUGUUGUGUUUUUCGAGAUGUGCUUGCAAAUAAAGCAAUCUGAAAUUA